UUUUGCUGCUGUCUCCUUCGUCRCCACAAAGUUGCAAAAACAACUUGGCAUAUGGAUUCAUAACUCGUCCUARCUGCAUGGAGACGUUGUACAACUUGGCUAUUCAAAGAAAAGGAUUUGGAACAGCAAGAUGAAAAUGACCAGAAAAGGACUAUAUUAACGAARAAAUCCUAUUCCUACCACCCGCAAAGAGCUCAUCGUUGCGACCUCCCCCUUGGAAUGGAAGAUGGAAGAAUCCUUGACCAUCAGAUCACAGCUGACGGCAGCAAAAGCUCAAAAAGCGGACCAAGCCGAGGUAGACUGCACCUUACUGGAAGGUAUGGUGCCUGGACUGGCGGUAGCUGGCUUCAAAUUGAUUUGGGUGAUGUUGCCAAGGUGACCAAGGUUGCUACACAAGGACGAUAUGAYGCUGAUGAAUGGGUCAGGAGAUACCGCUUACGCUACAGUAUUGACGGGGUUCACUGGCCAUACUACAAAGAUUAUAGGAGUUAUGAUAAAUAUUUCAGUGGUAACACAGACCGUAAUACAGUUGUCACCAACGUCCUGUCCCCGCCUAUCUACGCUCGUUAUAUAAGGUUCCAACAGGCUUGGACACAUAAACGUACUUCUAUGAGAGUAGAGGUCUAUGGAUGCAGAAACGUUCGAAGAUGCAUGAUUCCUCUGGGAAUGGAAGACAUGCGGAUACCAAAUAACGCUAUCACAGCAUCUAACUACCGCUCCUCAUCCUUCUACCCUUACUAUGGAAGGCUGAACUAUGGCAAUGGUUGGUGCACUACCUCUAGUGGACAGUAUCUCCAGAUAGACUUAGGAGAGGUCAAAACAGUUACUAAAAUCGCUACCCAAGGAAGACAAAGAUCCAGCUACAGAACGAAUAGCUWCUACCUGCAGUACAGUAUUGAUGGAAUGAAAUGGACAUAUUACAGGARACCUGACAGUUCUCUCAAUUAUAAGUACUUUCCAGGUAAUGGCUGGACACCUGAUAGCAUCCAUACCAAUACCCUAAAAUACAGCAUCGUAGCUCGAUAUGUCCGCCUAUGGCCUCGACAUUACUAUGGCUGGUACUGCCUACGUGUCGAAUUGUAUGGAUGCAAACAUGUUUGUUCAGAUCCACUUGGAGCUGAAGACUACAGAAUUAAGAACAACGAAUUCUCUACAUCGAGUGGAAGUAACCCAAAUUACGCUCGAAUUCACAGCAGCUACGGGUGGUAUACAAAAGGAAGCAAGAAUAUAUAUUUACAGGUGGAUCUGAGAACGAUUAAGAAGAUAACGGCUGUAGCUACGCAGGGCUAUUAUUCAAGCAGUUACUGGGUGACUACAUAUAAACUGAGUUACAGCGUUACUGGAGACUACAGACAGUGGGCUUACUUUAACAAACACGGUGCUCCAAAGGUCUUCCAUGGUAACACUGACCAAUACACGCUGGUAAAGAACUCUAUUGACCCUGCCAUUUAUGCCCGAUAUGUCCGAUUUUGGCCCGUCACUUGGUACAGUAAAAUUUCACUAAGAAUUGAAGUGUAUGGAUGUCACACAGACGAUUUAUGUAGCAUGCCAGUUGGAAUAGAGGACAAACGAGUCGUUCCAGGUGCCAUGACAGCAUCGUCAGUGAAGAACGCAAAGUGUUCAGCAAACCGUGGCCGACUUAACAGUGCUUCAGCCUGGUGUYCUAAACUAAUUAAGAAMAGCAAAGGAAAGAGAGGCUCUAACGUUACUAUCUCAAGUGAGAACAUGUUUCAAGCCAGCGAAUGGCUGCAAAUCCACCUUCCUCGAYUGACAGUURUCUCAAAGAUUGCAACACAGGGAAAUCAGGCGGCUUACGAAUGGACGAGGAGYUACCGCGUACUGCACAGUAUGGACGGGAGACAUUGGGACCGAGUUAGAAACCCUGCAGAUGGAGAAGUUAUGGUGUUCAACGGUAAUUCAGACAAAAGCACAGUUGUCAUCAACGAUCUUCUCCAAUCCAUUGUAACUCGUUAUGUACGAAUCAUCCCCCUGACCUGGCACAAAGCACCAGCCUUGAGAGUAGAACUGUAUGGCUGUCACAAUCUGGAAAAGGCCCCUCGCUGCGCCGGUCCUCUUGGAAUGGAAGACGGCCAAAUCCGGUCAAGUGAAAUCAGAGCUUCCACAAGCCUGAGCGCUAAGCACGAUGCUCGUUUUAGCCGCAUCCACACAAAGAGAGGCGAAGCUUGGUGCUCAAAGACCAAAGAUAGCAAGCAAUGGCUGGAGAUAGACCUGCGCAUUACCAAGACCGUAACCAAAAUCGCCUUACAGGGAGUACCCAAGGGAUGGGUGAAGAGCUAUACUCUUUUGUACGGAAGUUCAGGCUAUCACUGGAGAAAAUACAAACAGAAUGGCAAAGUGAAGGUGUUUCUUGGAAACUACAACGCUGGCUCGUUUGUGACUCAAGAAAUCAACCCAUCAAUCCAUGCGCGCUUCAUUCGUAUCCAGCCCACUGCAUGGUACGGCCGCAUUUGUUUGAGGACUGAGCUUUAUGGAUGUCUCGUUGAGGGAAUCGGAGAGUGAUGUCAUCAACGCCUAUAAACCAGGACCGCGUUUAAUACUGAUUUUUGCAAUGUUAAACUAUAUAGUUACCAUAGUGUGAACUGAACCUUUCUUCAAACUUAGAGACUGUAAUUGCAGUAGGUUACUGCUACUGCAUUCGCUUUUGUUUUUUUUUUAAUGAAAGUUGAAGAAGUCACUGUUGUGGCUAGUAGUUUACCAAUGCAAACGUCCGUAUUAUACAUCUAAUAGUACAUGUUAAUAAUUUAAAAUAUAAGAUUCUUGUCAUAAUCAAUGCCGUCACGCAUGUAUCCAUUUCACUUUACAAGACUUUUCUCAUCUUUUCUCAUCUUUUCUUCCUUUAUUGUAUCAUGAAAUCAAUUUUGUAACGUUCCCAGUAUCUUCCCGCUUGUCAUUGAUAUGAUAAAUAAGAUAAGAC